ACCGGAUUGAACGUUUAGUUGCACCGUUCAGUAUAACAGACCUGUCAUCUCUUUGGAACCUUUAAAAUUGAUUAGGUUUCCUUCCGUUUGUGGGUUUAUUCAGGCUUCAUGGUUCAUUAUAAGUUAAACAGAUGCUCGCACAUCAAUAUUUCCGAUAGUGUUCAUCCAAACCAGAUUGAUACAGAAUAAGUAGUGGCUCAGUUAGGUUGGAAGCAUCUCACCUUUGGCUCCCUGGUUCCCAUGGGCAGUGUGCUGGCCUUGCCAUCACGGCCAGGGCGGCAGAACUCCCCCUUUCCCCAUGACAGGCCCUUCUCACGGUGGGACAGGAGGGAUGGCCGGCUCCCAAACCCAGGCAGCUUUGAUGGCCUCCACCGAAACUGCAAAGAUGUGUUUCCACAGCAAAUUGAGGGUGUUAAAAUGGUCAUAAACAAAACUCUCAGCAGCUUUUUCAAGGUCAGCCAUACCUUUCACCUCAGUGCUGUUGCGCCAUCAAGCUAUCGCUUCCAUGUUGAACACCUCCAAUCAGAUCCUGACAGUAAAGAAACAAGUUCCCCUAUGCUCAUUGGGGAAAUGGACUCUUCUGGUAGCUUGAAUGCCCACUCCUUAUUCCACCUGAGUGAGCGAAUCAGAGCAAAAGCAGUAUUUCAGACACAGCAGUCCCAGUUUGUCACAUGGCAGUUCGAGGCAGAGUACAGAGGACGCGACUUCACAGCUGCCUUCACUAUGGCAAACCCAGACAUCUUCAGAGAAUCAGUUAUCAUGGUGGCACACUUCCUCCAGAGUGUCUCUCCACAGCUGGUUCUUGGAGGAGAGUUGGUGUAUCACCGAGGAAGAGCUGAAGAAGGAGGCAUCCUUACCUUGGCUGGCCAGUAUUCAGGGCCCAACUGGGUGGCUACACUAAAUGCUGGAAAAGGAGGUGCCCAUGCUAGCUAUUAUCAUAGAGCCAAUAAGCAGAUCCAGGUUGGAGUGGAAUUUGAGGCCAGCACUAGGACCCAGGAGACUACAUUCUCCUUUGGUUAUCAGAUGGAAUUACCUGAAGCCAACAUGGUCUUCAAAGGUAUGCUGGACAGCCGAUGCAUCAUUGGAGGUGUUCUCGAAAAGCGCCUGUGUCCACUUCCUGCCACGUUAAUCAUGGGUGCCUUCGUCAACCACAAAGGAGACAAGGUGCAGGUCGGCCUGGGGGUGAAUGUGGGCUAGAUCUUGUCAUGCAACCGUUUGGACACUCCUGUGCCCUGCCAUGAUUUGGUGGAAUGUUGAACUUCAAAAGACCCCUUCCAGAUGUCCAUUGAAUGGUGCAUCACAGACUGCAGCUAAACUGACAGAAGCCCCUUUUCGUUAUUAUGGAUAACCACACUUUCUGUGACAAGCAGCAAAUGGAAGGAACCAUUCCAGAUGGGAGAACAGCGGUGGUCCAAAUACUUCCUUGUUGGUGCUGUCCUUCCUAAUCAAAUAAUAUAUUUGUUGCUACAGCCUGAAUGAGUCUCUUGUAUUCAAAAGUCCUUAGGUACAUUAAUAAUGACUGUUUAAAACAUUCUUAUGGGCUAAUCAUUAAACACAUAAUUAUGGAAGAGCCAGAAGAAUCAUAAAUUAUAUGCAUUUUCCCCUUUUUAAUGUGUUUGGGUAAUUUCAGAUUAAAUAUGGAACAAAAGAAAAUUGGGUUCCACUUUUUGUCCUGGACUGGAUACAACCCUGAUGCAAAAACCCUUUUAUUUAAUAAUUAUGUUUAUAUAUGCUAUACUGCAAAGUGGCAUUUGCAUGCAGAAAUCCUCUUUAUGUUCUUGGAUCUUUUGGUACUCUGAUUUGAGAUUAUACUGCACAUGUAAAAUGUACAUUGAAAAGACGAAUGUAUUUAAAUGACAACUAAUAAAAAUCAGUUGUAGCAUUUAGGCUGUAGUAGUACACAGUAAAAAUAACAACCCAGAAGGCAGACUUGCAAGGAGGGAAAAAAAUCCUAACUCAUAAAUGCUUUAAAUAUGAAGUGUGGAAGUGGCAGAUUUCCACUCUUAUAAUAGGAAUAAUCAAUUGUCAAUCAACUUGUCAGUCGUUGUUCAUCUUUUCCUGUUGGGUUUUACAGUUGGUUGUUUAUUUACUGCAUGUAAUAUGAAGAACACAGGCUUUGCUGUUCGUUACAGCAUCCUGGAAAGUCAGAUUUACAGGAGUUCUUUUAAAACAGUGGAUGUAAAGUAAGUAAAGACUUUGCUUUGUGGCCAAACACACAAAAUCAGCAAAAUUUCAACUAAAUCAUGUAUAUGCACAGGAUUUAACAUGUAUGUAUGUAUUUAUUUAUUUAUUUAUUUGUUUGUUUUUGUUUGUUUGUUUAUGUGCUUGCUUAUUUGUUUAUUGUUUGAGUGGGCCUGUUGAACGUUUACCAUAACUUGCUUGUUCCAAGGCAUUAUGCUACUCUGUAAUGUGAUUGGUAACCUGGUACUUAAUUUCAAAUUAAUAAAAUAAACAUCUUUUUA